UCACACAUGCGCAGUGCCCAGGGUCGUGGUGAGGCGCAUGCGUACAAGCUCCGAGCAGCGGUUGGAUGGACAGAGACGGGGAGCCCGGCCUGCGUCCGUCGCGCUCGGGUUUCGGCCAUGCCGGCUGUAGAGGCACAAGCUCUGUUCCUCCUCAGAUGGAGCCAGAAACAGAUGCUCAGGAAGAAAAACAACACUGGAAGAACACAGUGAGACGAUCCACUCAAAGCCCACGAGAGGAUCACUUCGAAGGCCCUUCCUCUUCUUUUAAGAAGCUAUGUCCUGCCAAACCCUCCCCCAGCUUUCUUGAGCUUCCAUCUUCCCAACGGAGGCCCAGCCCAGGUCUACCCUGUGCCCAGGCUUCAAGGAAAGGACAGAAAAAAUUCACCCCUGAUCAUCAGCCACAGGAAUGCUACGGCCUACUGGAGUGCAUGCACAACAACAUCCAGAUCCAAACCCAGAUCGCUCUGGCACAAUUGAGCAUCCUGGAAGGCUUGCAGGAAUCCAUGAACUUGCUUCUGGCUAGCGAAGAGAAGAGGAAGGAGCAGAGAGACCAGGAGGGCCUGCAAAGCUGAGUCUCCUCCCCCACCUAACAUAUCCAUAGGUUUGGUGGCUAGCUUUGAUUCCCAUAGUCUCAUCCCUGCGGCCUCGUCUCCUUUGGGUUCACUCUGGCACUGGCUAUCAAGUGUAUAGCUACAGGAUUGGGGUUUGUGUUACCAUGACAACUGAUAGGGCUCUGCUAGAGGUGCUGCUUGGAAGUAAAACUAUUGUAAAUA